CAGUGUUAUUUUAAACUCGUUAUAAAGGCGACGUGUUACAAGUAUAGUGUUAUUGCGAGUUAUUUUAUAAUAAUUAAAAACCAAGAUGGCGAAUUGAUUAACAAGCUGUCAAAUCCGCCGCCAUGUUGCGAAUUAUUAUCGUGACAAUUCUUUUUGUGGCGCAAAGCAACGGGCAAAGAGAAGGGGAAUCUUGCGUAGAUCAGUAUGCGGGCACAGCAGGAAUAUGCACGCAGGCAAACAAGUGUCAAUCAGCCAAAACUGAUUUCCAAUUGAACGGUAUUCGCCCAACAUUCUGCAGCUACACAGCUUUCGGUUCGGCACUCGUGUGUUGUCGAGAUGGCACCAAUAUACUACAGACAGUCAAUACUAAGGAUAGAGAUACUCGUCCGGUCUGGAGCAGUUCACCGGAUAACAGGAGAGUCAGCGAGAGAAAAUGCGAGGAGUACAGUAGCGCAGUGACUCAGAAAGUGGACUACAUCCCGCUGUUGCCGAACCCGCAGACACUGUCCAUAUCGUCAGCUAAGUGUGACUACACGGGCAUCAAACUGAUUGUCGGAGGUCAGAAUGCCAAUACCGGGGAAUUUCCGCAUAUGGCGGCCAUUGGCUGGGCAGAUUUCGACGGCACCUACAAGUUUAGCUGUGGAGGAAGUCUUAUCAGCCCUCGUUUUGUGGUAACAGCUGGUCAUUGCAUAAGAGACCCUAAUGCACAGAACCCAGAGCCGGUUAUCGUACGACUCGGAGAUCAGAAUAUUGAUAACUCAGUGAAGGAUGGCGCUAAUCCUGUUGACGUCCCAAUUCGCACAAUCCACAGACACCCCGAAUACCAUCCCCCGAUGGUAUACAACGACAUAGCUCUCCUAGAACUGGCUACGGAUGUAGAUUUUCGUCCGGCAGUGCGCCCCGCCUGUCUCUGGACGCAACCUGACUUCGGAGGGCAUGAGAAGGUCAUAGCGACUGGAUGGGGAGUCAUUGACACCCGCACUCGAAAAACUUCGAAAGAACUACAGAAGGUGUCCUUAUCGCUACUCCCGAACGACUACUGCGACGAUUUGCUGAAAAAUAUCAGAAAUAGACACUUUAGCGGUUUUCAGCCGACACAAAUGUGCGCUGGAGAGCUACGCGGUGGCAGGGAUACCUGUCAGGGUGAUUCCGGCUCGCCCCUCCAAGUGGUAUCCAAGGACAACUCCUGUAUAUUCUACGUGGUGGGUGUCACGUCAUUUGGUAAGAAGUGCGCUGAAAGUGGCCGCCCAGCCGUCUACACGAGGAUAUCAAGCUAUGUCGAUUGGAUAGAAAGUGUUGUAUGGCCCGGGGAAUGAAAGAAAUAAACUGUUUUUAAAAUGAAAAGU